AUGGCGCGCUCGGCGUUAAGGUACCAAAGUGCAGAUGUUGGCAACUUCUUGAGCCAAUCGCUCCUGGAGUCCCAGUACCACUACCAGACUUCAAUUGAAGAGAGUGUCGUCGUUAUUUAUGACACUAAGAAGUCAGCUAGAGGAUUCCUAACACUAAAGGCUUACCGUCUUACUCCUCAGAUAGCCAUGUACAAGGAGGGUGAUUACACACCAGAGGCACUCCGUAAUCUAAAGAUUGGUUACGAGAGUCUCUUCAUUGAAGUGCCGAUUGUAAUCCGCAAUUCGCCACUCACAAACAUCAUGAUGUCAGAGUUGUCAGAGAUGAUCCCUGAGGAAGAGGGCUCUAAAUUCUUGGACCUCGGUACCGCGUCUGUUCUUGAAGGUCAACUCCGCAGCCUAAUGGAACGCGUCGAUGAGCUCAACCAAGAGGCGAUCAAGUUCAACAGAUAUCAACAACUGGUGGUACGUCAGCAACAAGACAAGCACAGGUGGUUGUUGAAGAGGGCCCAAGAGAACGCGGCCAGGGCUGCCAAAGACGAACCCGCACUACCUGAAGAAGAUGUUAACAAACUAUUCAAGCCAUUACCAGUUCCACCAAGGCUCAACCCUAUGAUUGUAGCUGGACAAAUAAAUACCUACAGUCAACAUAUCAGCCAGUUCUGUUCGCAGAGUCUCGCUAAAGUAUAUUUGACUCAAGCGCUGCAAAACGCUAAGGAGUCGAAACAGAAUAGCAAUUAAUUUGUGGUAUUAAAAUUGUGCGAUAA